AUGGGUGACCAAAGGGAAAAAUUUUUUAAGCACCCCAGAAGAAAAACAGCCUACGUUGCUUCACGUUAUUUGGAAAAAUCAAAUACUGUCCAUCGAUCUGUUUCGUCUGUAAGAGAAAAGUCGACCAAUGAACGGCAAAACAGUUCUAUUGUGAAGCGGCAAUCGUCUCCAAAAUUUGGAGUCAAUGCAUCGAAUGCUCAAUUAGUCAUUGAUGAUUCAGUUGCUUCUGCAAUUCACUCACAUGACAUGGAACAUGGUAGCGUCAUUGAACAUUCUUCUGAUGUUGAUUCAUUGUCUGAUAUAUCAUUAGCUGCAUAUACUGUUUGGAUAUUGUUUCAACGUUAUACAUCAUCUUACAUUGUGAAUAAAGUAGAAUGUGAUUAUGCUGAAAUUGUUGGUCUGUUAAAUCGCAUAAGAUCUACACGCGAAGAAAUUAUUCGCUUACGUAAAACAAAACAUGAUUGGGAAAACUGGUUUCAAUCAGUCAAAGAUUUACAUAAUGAGCACAAGAUACUUACAGAUUUAAUUAAAAUGUUGGGUAUAUCUGAAUGUAGUUCGAAAGAGAAUGAUAAUUUUUUAGACAGUAAAAAUUUUGAUCAAACAGAAUUAAUUCCUCAACUCGAACAAACUAUAUUACAAAAAUUUUCACCUAUAUUAAAUCGUUUAACUGUGAAAGAAAUAAACUUGGAUAAUUAUGAAAAUGUUUGUCACGAUUUACAACAACUUAGUGACAUAGCAUCUUUGUUUUCUAACAUCAGUGAAAAUGACAUUGACGUAUUCGAACAAUUGGCAGAUGAAGUGAAUAAUUUUGCUGAUCAUUUACAAAAUAGAAUUUAUCCUCAAAAUAUUGCACAAUAUGAACAGUUAAUGCAAUGUUUACAAACUUUUAUUUUAUAUACUUCACUGAAAUGUGAACAAAUUGAACGUAAAUGGCUUAAACAAAUACUUUUAUCAGAUUAA